AUGCCUCAAAUGAAUGGAAAGAAAUCCAAUACAUCAAUGACAACCCGCAUGGCUGAUCAAGUAUUAGCCUGUAAUUUAUUUCCUGAAGAGGACCAAGGUAUGGGAGAUGACCAAGUAGACCAAGAAGAAAAGAAGAAGGAUCCUCUCUCCAGCCAAGUAUGGAGAAUGUAUACCAAGGCUAAAGAUACGCUUCCCAACGGAUCCAGACUAGAAAACCUGACAUGGCGUAUGAUGGCAAUGACUUUGAAGAAGCAAGAUGCUGCUCAAUCCCCAUCAACAUCCUCAUCCUCGGAACACUUGGAUACUACUUCGGCUCCUGAAUUGAAUGAAAAUAAGCCUAUGGUUUCUAAAUCACCACCAAUGAAAACUGAUAGCAUCAAUAUCCCUGUAAAUUAUAACGAAGACCCUAUUGUGAGUUUUAGUGAGCCAUAUCAUUCGCCCACAUCAUCAUCUACCUUCUUUUUCGGUAAUGAUCCUCCUGCUACCAGUGCUCUCUCUGUUGCUGCUUCUGCUUCUGCCACUACGACAUCUUUGAAUAUGGGCGCUGUGAGCUUUGAAGACAUGCUCAACUUGUAUUAUAAUCCUGUUACAAAUGCUGGUCAAUUCACAGAUAUGAAUACAACUGCUACUGAUUCCAUCGACAUCGCACCUGCUCCUAUAAGCCAUCAUUUGGAUUACGCCCAUUCGCCAUCUCCGUCUGUUUCAUCUGUUGAAGAAGAGCCUCACCCACAAACACACCAUCAAAAGCCUCAACAAAAUGCCCAAACCCAAUGCCACAAUUGCUCUACUAGAACUACACCGCUCUGGCGUAGAGAUCCCAGUGGAAACCCUCUCUGCAAUGCCUGUGGUCUAUUUUUGAAGCUUCACGGUGUCGUACGGCCAUUGAGUCUCAAGACGGAUGUGAUCAAGAAGAGAAACAGAGGUGCUGCUGGAUCCACUGCCAAUGCCAAUGCUUCUGCUUCCACUGCUCCCACUGCUAUUACCGCUUCUACCUCAACACACGCUAGAAAGGAAGUACCUUUAUCAAGCUCAUUACCCACCACAAGCAGAAUCCAAGCCAUUCCUACUCGUCCUUCUCAAAUCAAGCGUCAACGUCGCAGCUAUCAAAAGCAACCUCGUCCAACCACGCCAACAUCUCAACUUCCUACUACGCCCUCCCAUUUGCAACAGCAAUCCAUUUUAUCAAGCUCACUGCCAAACCAUUACGAUAGCAACGAUGUCAGCUUCCUUGGUACCUCUCUUCCUACACCUAAUCCUAUGACCAGCACUUCUACCUCUUACUUUAAUUACAUGUCAUCUUCACCUCCUCCUCCUCCUCCCGCAUUACAUUACUCUUCUUCCAACUCAUCACUUGCUAGUUUGGGUCAAGCUAAUACCAAUUCUACUGCUACGCCUGCUCAACAGCAACCACCUCAAACACAAGGCGAUGUGUAUUCAUUGCUUGAAAACAUUGGCGUGCAAUUGAACAACUUGCCACCCGAGUUAUUACCAUUGAUUGCAUCUGCUGCUAACUAUCAGGCUCAAACAAUGAACGUCAAUAACAACAGCAGCAAGACAUCACCUUUAAUGCCAAAUGAGUUGGUGUUUAGCCAAAAUACAGCUGCCUCUCCCAAUAACUCCAAGAAUACUACUAUGCUUGACCAUCAUCAAGGUCAAUUUUACUAA